CUUCCGCGUUCACCUCUCCUCCCAGCCAGCAGUACCAGGGUACAGCAGGAGCAGGGUGCAGUGGGGGUGUGAGUGAGCGGCACUGCCCAGUCCAUCGCUCUGUGCUGUGCUGUUCCAGCUGCAGCCAGAGACACUGUGAUUUCACUGCACUUCAAUCCCGCUGGAGGGCCCAGAGACAGUCGACAGGCCACAGAUGGCAGAGAGAGACGGAGGGAUGAGGGUUGCAGCAGAUCAUCUUGAUGGUGAUUGGUCCAAGGAGGAUUUGGAAGCCGAUGGACAUUGGAAUCGAACCUCUCUGCCUGGGAGGCAAUCGCUGAGGUACAGGCACCAGCAAUCGGUUGAGGGGAUGUCUUUAGACCGGGACCCUGGAGUGUGCUCCGGUACCCCUGAAGUUGAGGGUUGGGCGCUCGAUGGAAGCUGUUCGCCAGCACUGGCUGCUCUCCCGAUGUUUAAGAAGCGUCUGCUCAGGCAGGUUCGGAGCGAGGAGUCUGGGUCGAUCAGCAGUUGGCAAAUGUGGAUGUCCAGCCGGUAUCACUCCCUGAGGCAAUUCCACUCCGAGGCCCGGAAUGCUCUGGACUAUGUGAAACUCUGGAGGAGCUCAUUACAUCAGAUUGAAGGUCACUUUGGGACCGGGAUCGGAUCGUACUUCAGUUUCCUGCGUUUCUUGCUGCUGCUGAACAUUUGCACCUUUUUACUAAUCGCUUCAUUUGUGGUGGUUCCAGUCAUCAUUCGGGAGAGAUUCGGGACGCAGCAUGUGGUCCCAGCCACAGCCUCCCCUGUACAGGCGGCAAAUUGUACACAGUACGAUCGCACAGACCUGGGGCUGGUCAACUUUUAUGACUAUGGCAUGAACAUCUUGUCAGGAACGGGAUUACUGGAACAUUCCUAUCUGUUUUAUGGCUUCUACCCUCCGGAGAAUGUUGAAGUCUCUGGUUACAUCUAUAACACGUCUCUGGCUUACCUGCUGACAGCUAUCAGCUACUACCUCAUGGCAUUCUGCUGGAUUGUACACCGAUCAGUGAUGGGGUUUAAACAUAGCCAGCUCCAUGGUGAUGGGACCCUCAGUAUCUACAGUAAUAAAGUCUUCACUGGCUGGGAUUUCUGUAUUACCCAGGAGAGUGCAGUGCGACUGAAACAGAACAGCAUUCGCUACGAGCUGCAGAUGGAUAUCCAGGAAACUUUUAUGCGACAGGCGAUUGCUGGGAGAACCAAGUGGCAGAGGUUUAGGAUCUACAUAACCCGUCUGCUAGUGAACCUCUUGAUUCUGGCCGUGUUAGGGGCAGCUUUCUACGCUAUUUAUCAAUCCACCGAAUUCUCCCAAGCCAACUCGACGGAGCCGGGUGUGGCUGGUCUGCUGCUCCAGUACCUUCCGUCCAUGGUGAUAACAGCAGCAAACCUCAUCACCCCCCUCAUCUUCAACCAGCUCGUCACCUUGGAACAAUACUCACCCGAGACCGAAAUCCAACUCUCUCUGCUCAGGUCUGUGUUUCUGAAGCUAGCCAGCCUGGGUGUGCUGCUGUACUCUCUCUGGCGUCAGAUAACCUGUGACGGGGACAUGAUUUCGGCUGCCAAUUGCCAGCUCUGUGGCUACAACUACAAGCAAUACCAGUGCUGGGAGAUAAAAAUUGGGCAAGAAAUGUACAAACUGAUGAUCUUUGAUCUGCUCAUCAUGGUAGCCACCAUGAUCCUGGUCGACUUCCCACGAAAGAUGUUUGUCCAGUACUCGGGGAACAGACUGGCUCAGCUGUGGGGUGAGCAGGAGUUCCUGGUACCGCAGAACGUUCUGGAAAUCGUGUACGGACAGACGGUCUGCUGGAUUGGAAGCUUUUUCUCGCCGUUCCUCCCGUUACUCAACGCGGUGAAAUACAUCCUCAUCUUUUACCUCAAGGAG